AUUUUCUUCAAACGCAUAGCUCAGUGAAAUUUGCUGCAUGCGAUUGGCUGUCUCAGGAUCUUCCAGUACAUAAAUGGCAUCCAUGUUAGAGAUGAAAUAGAUUUCUUUCUGUUCCCUGAGAAGACACAUCUUAAGUUUCUCUCUGCACAAGGAAACAAGGAAUACUCAUUAUGAAUCUCUUGGUGUUAAUGAUGUGCCUGCUGGUCAUUACCUUGGCUGCUCCUGUUCCUGACAGUGAAAGCAAUGAGGAAAAAGUUGCAGCAGAAGCUAAUGAGGCCCUGAGGUGGAUGGAGAUAUACAGGCUUUACCAGCAGCAGGGUGUAGUUGGAAACCCCUUAAUGCCUGCUGCUGACGCUCCUGCGGAUCCAGCUGUGGCAGCAGCGGUGGAUGCUACACCAGACCAGCCAGCUGAUGUUGCCCCUCCAGCUCCCGUGGCAUCAGAGGAAGAGACAGAGGAUGACAAUCCUGCCCCCAAAGCUGCAUCACCUGGUGCUCCUGCUUCCCCCCUAAACUCUGAUGAGGAAGAGGAGGCAGAGGAGGCGGUAGCAGCUGAGGCGGAAGCGGCAGAGCCUGCAGCCGCAGUUGAGCCAGUCGAUGCUGCACCAGUCGAUGCUGCACCAGGUGAUGCUGCACCAGUUAAUGCUGCAGUUGUGGAUGUGCCUCCUGCUGAUGUGGUUCCUGUUGAUUUGGUUCCUGUUGAUGUGGUUCCUGUUGAUGUGGUUCCUGUUGAUGUGGUUCCUGUUGAUGUGGUUCCUGUUGACGUUGCCACUGCAGCUCCUGAGGUGGCUGUUGACGGCGUGGCCCCUGCCGCAGCCGAUGCUGCUCCUGAUGCUGCUCCUGAUGCUGCUCCUGAUGCCGCUUUUGAUGCCGGUGCUGCCCCACUGGCAGCUGAGAUUGACAAAACUGGCGUGGCACCGGAUCUUGCUGCAGUGUAG